UUGUCUGUACAGAAUUAUAUAGACAAAUAUAUAUUAGAAUUUUUAUUUUCAAUAAUAUUUUAAAAAAUAUUUAAAUAUAAAAAUUUAAUAUUAUAAACAGUAUUUAAAAAAUAUUUAUUAUGAAUCACUUCAAAUGUAUUUUAGAUAGGACUUCACGAUGUGAGUUAAGAAGAUUACAAUCUUCAUUGUCAGUAUCAAAAUCUAAAAUUCAAAUACCUCGUAGAAUAAAACGUGAUCCUACUGAUAUUUUACAUGCUCUUGAGAACACUAUACCUAAAGAUUCUAGUAUGCAUAUAAUGAAAAAUUAUAUGUAUCAUGAUGAUCCUUAUUUACUUCCAGUGAAAAAAUUGGAUUAUCGUACUUAUGCAUUAUCAUAUGAAUCAGGUAAAAAAACUGCAAAGUGGAUUCAUAAAGAACAUAGUGAUUUAUUUCCAAAACAUCUUUCAAAUCCAGAAAUUAAGGCAUUUAAACCACUUCCAAAGUAUACUGAUAAAAGUCAAGUAUCAGAAGAAAUAUUAUUACAUGCUAUAUCUCAAUGUAUGAUAUCUGAUGCUUUACAUAUCUAUAAGUUAUUAGAUACUAAUGUUUCUAAUGGAACAAAACAAGCACUUUUAGAAUUAUUGUGUUUUUAUAACAACGAAAGAUAUGUAAUUAACAAUUUGUUUUUUGAACAUUGGUUUUCUUCAUCCAAAGAAAAGUAUAUGUGGCAAUAUAAAUUAGAAAUUAAUGAAUUAUAUAAUUUCUUAAUAACUCAAAAUGAUUCAACAGCAGCAGCUGCUCAUAAUAUUAUGAUAUGUGGUUUAACAAAAUAUUCAAGAUUAGAUGAAGCUUGGCUAUUAUAUAAAAAAUGCAAAGAAAAAGAUAUUCCAUUAAAUCUUACUACUUGGAAUUAUGUAAUAAUAUUAUUUGAAAAAAUUUUUAGUAAAAAAGAAGUAAAAAUGGAUUAUUUGUAUGACAUUCUUACAUCAAUGAAUCAGAAAAAAAUUAAACCAAAUAUUCAAACAUUAAAUUCUAUUCUUAAAGUGAUUAUUACAUUAAAAAUAGAAAAUCUUAAAGAUAAUAUAAAAUAUUUACUUUUAGAAUUCAAAAAUAUGAACAUAAAAUUUUCAUUAGCGACAUAUUAUUAUAUUAUACAAGGAUUUAUAAAUUACGAUGACAAUUCAUAUAAUUCAUAUAAUAAUUUUAUAGAAAUUUUACGUACAAUAAAAAAUAAAAGAUUUACCAUUCAAGAUCCAAUGGAUAAUAAAUUUUUUAAACAUACUAUGUAUUUAGCUCUUAAGCAUAAUAAUAAAGAAGCUGGUAAUAUGAUCCAUGAACUUCUUCUUACAGGAGAUAAUUAUAAAUUUAUUCCUACAUCAAUAAUAGAAAAUGAUUAUUAUAAUGCAUAUAUAUUGUUAUUAUUAUCAACAAGCACAAUUGACGAAUUCUUUGAGUCUUAUGAAAAACUUGUUCCAAAUGAAUAUGUGCCAACAAAACAACUUUUGAUAGAUAUAAUAAAUGAAUUAAAAUUCUGUGAUCCACAUGUUUUAAAAAAACAUAUACCGAGAUUAUGGUCAGACAUAAAUACCUACUGUCGUAUAGAUCUUUCACUAAAACUUAUUUUAAUACGUUUAAUGAAAAUGAAUAUUUUAUCAGUUGAUUCAUCUUUAAGAACAAUUUUUAUAAAUGCAGCAUGGGAUUGUUGGAAUGAAAUAAAGAAAGAAAUUAUGACAAAAGGAAAAACAAGUAAUAUAAUUGGAACUACCAUGAUAGCUAAUAUAGCAAUAAUAUUAUUACACUGUGAUUUUGUGAAAGAAAGCAUCGAAGUUCUGACAUAUAUUAACAAAUCAGAUUUAUUUAUUUCAAUAAUGAACGAAAAUCAAAUAAAUGAAUUAUUUGAUGAAUAUAUUUCAAAACAAUGUAUUAAAGGAUGUUUUCUUGUUCUUGAUUACUCUGUAAACUCAGGAUUUUCGAAUAUCAAUCAAAUGGUUAUGAAAUUGCAUAAUCUUCCAGAAUUUACGAACGUUGAUCGUGACAAAUUGAUUAAUUUAGUGGGAGAGGAAGUUUUACAUAUAUUGGAUAUAAAACAAUUAAAUUAAUCACGAUUAUGUAUAAAAAGAGAAAAUAUUUAUAACAUUAUUUACUUAACGAUAUUUUUUUUUG